UGGUUGGGAGAAAACGCGAACUUUUCAAAGUGGAAUACUGUAUAGUAUUAGAUAACUAAUUCAAUUGAUGCUCAAUGCUGAUCUUCCCUUUUUUGGCAAAAUUUUUGUUGUGCUCUUGUGUUCUUCGUUGGUAUUAGAAUGGUACUACAAAAAAUCUUGCUGUGCAAAGACUGUAGUUUGACCUGCUGCUGCUGUUGCAUGAUGAUGUAUCCAUCAGAUGGAAGCUCAACUGUACAAGUUAAAGAAAGAAACAGAGGAAUACAUAUCUAGAUGCGCGGCUGAAGCAAAGAAAAUGUUGGAGGAUGUUGAUCGAGAGGCUCUUGACCUGGACAUGGUGGAACGGGAGGCAGCUGAGGUUCUUAAGGCCUCGAAAUUGAAGUUGCAAGAAGCGAAUAAAGAAAAUGAAGAAGAAAUGCAGAGGUGCGCUCAGGAACUUUUUAUGCUGGUUGAUUCAGUCUCGAAGUUCAAAGAAUAUAUGGGAUCCAAAAUUUCAGAGAUGAAGAGUGAUCUUUCAGAUACAGCAGUUGCUGUCUCAGAUGCAUACAGGGGCUCGUUCCCAGCACAGUUUGGUAAUAUAUUCGACUUAAACCGUGUCAAGUGACUUCAGAAAACAAGUGAACCAUUAUUGUGUUAAUACGAUGCUUAGCAAGAUUCUUUCUGCAAACUAAAAACGAUGCUCUGUUGAUUGAUACCUUGUUAAAUCAAGAUUCACUUUUAAAGUCUGUACUAUAGUUUCUGGGUAUGUUUUCAGAGGAAAACGACUGCAAUGAUUGUACUAUUGUUAUCCUUGCAUGUUUGAAUGUAAUCGUUUAUGACAUAUUAAAAUGACAA